AUGAACAGAAUUCAUCCAUCAUCCACGCCGAGCGUGGGAAACAUUGGGGGUAGAGCAGCGCGAAUUGCAGUUGGAAUUACUACGACCAUCACUGCCCUUGGGAUUGCUGGUACUGUGAUUGGUGUGGUGGGACCAGGGAAAUCAACUAACAUCACGUCGGAAUCAGAGACGGGGUCACAGAUUGGAAAUCGAGCAAAUAGUAUAUGUAUUAUUGACAACCCUUGUCUAAAUGGUGGGACGUGCACAAUCGAAGCCGUGGGCUACACAUGUGAAUGCUUUCCAGAUUUCGUAGGCAUAAAUUGUGAAAUCGAUUUGAACGUAGAUGACUGCUAUCCAGGUGCUUGCUAUGGUGGACUUUGCAUUGAUGGUAUCGGCACAUUCUCUUGUGAUUGCGCAGCCGCAGGCGCAUCGUUGAGGAACGUUGCUUUUGAUAAAUGGGCGAUCCAGUCAAGUACCGUCGACACCAACUACGCCGGCAGAGCAGUGGAUGGCGUUUUCAAUAGUGAUAUGCUGGCUGGUAUGUCAUGCUCUUAUACGGAAACUGAGGAUGAUGCACCGAGUUAUUGGAAAGUCGAUCUAGGAGAGAUGUACUGCAUCGCCGAGGUGGUCAUUUUGAACAGGCAAGACUGUUGCUCUGAUUGGAUGCUUGGGGCACAGGUAGCUGUUUCUGCCACUUACGAUUCAACGCCUCAGAUAUGUGGCAGUGUGGAGGAUCCUGAUCACGACACAAUUAUAAUUGAAUGCCAUUUAACUGGUCGCUUUGUUGAAAUCGCGUCGACCAUACCAGGAUAUAAUCUCAGUUUAUGUGAGGUUCAGGUCAUGGUCCCAGUUGGACACCCCUGUGAAGAUUCAAACGUCUGCCACGGAGGCACAUGUGACACACUCGACGACGAUAGCUACACUUGCGACUGCGAUGAUGGUGGUGUACUUGAAAAUGUAGCCCUACUUAGAUAUUCGGAACAAAGUAGUAGCCACGGACCCACCUGGAAGGCCAAUGACGGAAAUACAAAUGGCUACUAUUUUUCCGGAAGCUGCUCACAUACAGCAUUCCAUGAUUGGGAUUCGUGGUGGCGUGUUGACCUCGCCUUUUUACAUUGCGUCAAGAUGGUAAAAAUUUACAACAGACUGGAUUGUUGUGGGGAGCGUUUAAAUGGUGCUAAGGUUUUCAUAGGCCGAAGUAUGAACAUUGAAGAUGCUGAACAGUGUGGGCCAACCGUAUCGUAUUCCAUGACGUACCAGAGCCGGCUAGAUUUCAACUGCAAUGCCGGAACAAUUGGACGUUUCGUUACUGUUCGUGUAUACAACCAGGAUCAGCUGUCGUUGUGUGAAGUUGAAGUCAUGGCAGUUCCAAAUGGAAGAUUUGAGCUCAUCUAUGAACAGAAAACGUGGGCUGAUGCAAAUAUUCACUGCGAGAAUAAUCAAGCUCACUUAGCAAACAUACGAAGUCUAGAUCACCACGAUUACUUGGUUGAUUUGAUUGUGCAGUCUAGACAUGCAGAUGAAACUGAUGUGUGGUGGUUUGGUGCACACGUAGACGAAACGGAAGGAGAAUUCGUAUAUCCAGACCAAUCACGGAUGCGAUACAGUAACUGGGACGACUACAGCAGUGCGAUGAACGGAAACUGCGCAAGACUGCAGGCAGGGUCAUUGGGAUCAAGACCAUUCAAUAAAUGA